AAACCGAUAGCAGAAAACGUGUUAAUAUUAUCUAAAUAAUCUUCAUUCUUUUUAAGUAUCCUCAAUUAAAUGAUUCGAAUUUCUAAUGUUUAUUACUUUUAAGAAAAUAAUUUUAUAAUAUCUAAUACAUUUACAAUGGAGCCUUUAUCAAAAUUUUCUCUCAAUAAUCAGAUUGUUUCCAUGCGUCAUAUUGUACGUAAAUCAAAAGUACAUACAAUCCACAAAUUAACACGGGAAGCAAAAAAGUUAAAAGAAAAAAAAGGAAGUGAAGAACAAAUUGUAAAAAAUCAAAAAAAAUCUGAACGUUUUAUCAAUGAAUUGAUGGUGAUAAAGAAAUUAAAUGAUGAUGAUGUCACAAAAUAUGCCUUACAAAAUGAAGUACCUUCUGCUACAAUAUUAAAUAGUACAGACAUAACAUUGGAGACAAGGGCAUUAGCGAAAUUAGUUGGACAUAAAUUUAUAAUGGAUGAAAUUCAAAAUUUUAGAAAUAAAUAUCCAGAUUGGAAACUGUGUAUAACAGAUUUAUUAGAUGAAUUAGGUGUUAAAUAUAGAGCAAAAAAAAAAUCCAAUAAAAAUAAAACAAUCCAACUUAAUAAUGUUAAAAAUGAGGUAAAAACUAAAAUUCUUGAUAAGAAUAAUAAAACAAUUAAAAACAUGGAAGAAUUUAAAUCUACACAGUCUGAGCUUGAACAUGCCAUGUCAGUGUCAGAUACUAAAUCCGAAUCAGAAGAUAGUCAAUCUGAAUCUGUAAAUACUACAGAAACUGAAAGUUCACUAGUACAAAAAAUCUUGAUUGAAGAGAACAAUACAAAUAUUGUUGAAGAUAAAAAUAUGUCAAAAGGCUCAAAAGUUUUAAUCUCUAACAAUAACAAAAUAGUCGGUGAUGAAGAGGAAUGCUUAAUAACACUAGACAAAAAUUUACAUCAUUCACAAUUAAAAACAAAUAUUUUAAACACUCAGCUAACAAAGAAAAACUUAGAUUUGACUACUAAUGAAAUUCUUAAAAACACCGAUAUAAAUAUUGAUAAAAAUGUAUCAAAAAGAAAAGCCGAAAAAAGUGUUUCAAAUAAAACUAACUUUAAAAGACAAAGAAAUACAGUAAAUGAGGUUAAACCAGUUUGUGAAACCGUAGAUUCAUUUUUUAUGACUACUGACAAUAAAGACUACAUGUCUGUUUACAAACCACCACCAGUAACUAAAAAAAAUAUUGAGGAACAGACAAAAAUAGAUUAUCAAAAACCAAUUAAAGAAAUUUUUAAUAAAGGUAAAAGGGUGAUUAUUGGCAAGCAAAAUAACAUAAGCAACCGAAGGGAAAGAAGGCAGCAACAAGUUGAGGAAUCUAUUGAUAUGACAUUACAUCCAUCAUGGGAAGCAAAACGUAAACAAAAAUCAUUGGCCAAAUUUGAAGGAAAGAAAAUUACAUUUGAUGAUGAAGACUAAUGAGCUUCAGAACGAUCAGCAAUUUGUUUUUCUUCAUUUUGUUCCGUUUGCGAUGGAAUGACUAUAAUCGGAAGAUCUUUAACUUCAGUAUCUU